AUGAGGCGUUGCAGUAUACUGGAGGUUAUAAUGAUCUUUAAAAACAUUUUCAUUAGGAAAAACAAAAUCCUGCAGAAAUAAAUCGGUUUAGUUGACAGAAUUAGAGGGGAAGGGUUUGGAGCCAGGGUAGGAUUAAGGAAAAUUGUGUGAAAUAAAGAGCGAGUGAUCAGGAGUGACUGAAUGCUUGCGUCUGUGCUAGAGGGUGGGAGGAUAGAGCGCGCGGGCGAGAGAGAGCAAGAGAGAAGAGCAUUGACUGAGAAGCAUAGAUUUUCAUCCAACCUAAAUCCAUUUUUUUGUAAUCCUCGACUGCACUGCUUAACGUUGAUGGUCUAGCAGGAAAAUAUUAUUCUACGCAGUUCAGGAACCGUUUCUUUUGACGAUUAUUGGUCCUCUUUGCUGUAAUUUAAGUGUAUUUGGAGCGAAUUGAUCAUAUUUCCCACUUAUACUUGAACUGCAUCAUGAAUAGUUUGUGGGCACCUCUCGAUCUCACACCUUUGGAAUGGUGGGGAUUACGCAGCCGAAAAACGGGGAGCAUGUAAACGCAGAUGGAGUUUGGGAUUUAUUGCAAAAUAAGGGAAAGAUGACUGUCUUCUCUUUGUGUCUCCUCUUGUGCGCAGAUCUACUGGAUUUAGCCGUUGGAUAUUUGACAGUAACCAUUGAGCCCCUUCCUCCUGUUGUUGUGGGAGAGACUGUGACCCUGAAGUGCAACUUCAAGACUGAUGGAAGACUUCGAGAGAUUGUGUGGUACAGGGUCACAGACGGGGGCACCAUUAAGCAGAAAAUCUUCACCUACGAUGCUAUGUUUAAUACCAAUUACUCUCAUAUGGAGGACUACCGCAAACGGGAAGACCUUGUGUACCAAUCUACGGUCCGGCUCCCGGAGGUACGGAUCUUGGACAAUGGGCCGUAUGAGUGCCAUGUGGGCAUCUACGACCGAGCAACAAGAGAAAAGGUGGUCUUGGCAUCGGGAAACGUCUUUCUCACCGUUAUGUCUCCUCCAAACAACAUCUCAGUUUCGGCAGAGAACUGUCCAGCUCCAUUCAGCCGGUACCAGGCCCAGAACUUCACUCUACUGUGCACUGCAAAGGGAGGCAAACCUGCCCCUUCGGUGUACUUUAAGCGAGAUGGAGAGUUGAUAGAGGUGAUUUCCUACAUCCACCCCUCAGCUGUUGCAGAGGAUGGUGGUGGCUCAGCGGGGGUGCGGGGUGCCAGGCCGCUCAUCAGCAGGGACCUGGAUGACACCAAGCUGCAGAGGUCCCUCUCCCUGUUGGAUCCAGAUGGCCGGCCAGCCCGCCUGUUCACCGAGAGCCCUGAGCGGGGUCGUAACCCGGGCCAGCACACCCAGGGCCAGCAGCAGCAGCCCAGCCCUGCCACAGAGGUCAUUCCAGAGACUGUGGUGAGCCGGGAGUUCCCCCGCUGGGUGCAGAGCACUGACCCACUCUACUACUUCAGCCACACCCACAUCCCCCAGAGUGAUGGCUCUGUGCUGGUGCAGGCCAGACUCACCUGGACUCUUAACCCCCAGCUUGACAAUGAUGCCAUGUUCAGCUGUGAGGUCAAGCACCCAGCACUGUCCAUGCCCAUGCAGACAGAGGUCACACUGGCGGCUCCUAAGGGCCCCAAGCUUUUGAUGACCCCCACCAGGGCAAAGGUAGGGGACACGGUGCGCAUCACUGUGCAAGGAUUCCAGGUAGGCGCUGGGGUUCCUGGGAAUGAGGUUUUCCCUGAGCCCCUCUUCACCUGGACCCGGGUCGGGGGCCGUCUACUGGACGGGAGUGCCGAGUGGGAUGGAAAGGAGCUGAUUCUGGAGAGAGUGCCAGCUGAACUCAACGGCUCCAUGUACCGCUGCACGGCCCAGAAUCCCCUGGGCUCCACGGACACGCACACUCGCCUCAUCGUCUUUGAAAAUCCGGCCAUGAUGAAAAACACUCAGAAUCCGAACAAUGGAACCCCUCGCGUGGAUGUGCUCGGACCUAUAUGGAUGGUGCUGGCCCUGGUCCUCACAGUGACUGUGGAACUGACGUGAAACCUUACAGCCAACACACACAAUGCACCCAUACACAAUACACACAAAACAAACACACACACACACACACACACACACACACACA